UUUUGGUUUGCGAUAAACAUCGUCCAUUUCGUCUAUUUCUUUUCUUCGUUGGAAGAGUUAGAAUUAAAAUUUUACAGUAAAUCUCAUGCUACGGAUAUAUUUUUGUAGUUUUUGUUUUAAAAUAUAACCCAUGGUUGUUUUAUGACGUUUUAAAGCUAAGCUUCUUCAUCUUUCAUGACUUGCAGUGAUUAUAUGUGCAGAGAUUACUUUGUGGAAGGUUUCGUUACUCGAUUAUCCGCUCAGAUCGGUAUUUCGAUUCUUUCUGUUCGUCAUUAAAAGAAUCACCGGAAGUCUAUUCUGCUAUCGAAAUGAACACGACGAUGGGUUCACCGGCGCCAAAAUGGUACGAACCUUCUAUCUACAAGCUGUACGUCUGCCCGGUCACCGGUUUCGAUAAACAAUCUUUGUUGGAAGAGUUCGGCCAGUACGGCGAAGUUAUCGAUGCCUUUGUUUCGGACCCAGUCAGUAAUGGUUUUCAAUGGGCUUUCGUGUACUUCGCGACCGAAGAAGGUAUACUCGAAGCUAUUCGAAAAAUCGAAGAAGGCGAUAAACCAUACCGAGUUAACCGAGCUAAGCCCAAGAUAUUCAAACCAGCCAGUGUCUUAGCGGCGGAAAAAUCAGUCAGUACGAAAAUGUUAAACGGAAUAGGAGCCGCCGUUCAGCAAGCCAACGGAGUAUCCUUUCUUACUCCACCGAACUGCGUGUUUUGCAAAAGAAUCACCGUUAAGCAAUGUAUCUCGUGCAAGAAUGCGUUUUGUCAGACCGAAUGUGCAUUGGAUGGAUGGCGAUUCCAUACCAGCACUUGUAUCAAAGUUGCCGAAUUGAUCAAAGUAUCCGAAGCGAAUGCUGGCCUCGAUUUACCUCCUAUGGUCAACGUUCCAGCUACCGGUAAUCCUAUCGCUUCGACGGUAGUAAAUUUUAUGAAAGAUUGUAAAUCAGCGAAUAAAAAAUUCAGCACGAACGAAUUCGCCGAAGCUUGUAAUUACCGAGGCAAAGGACCCGAUAUGAAAGAUGAACCGAGUAUCGAUUACGUACCGAAUAUUCCGACGCCGCCUGCUUCGAAGAGUUAUCAUAAUUCUAAUUUCGAUAAAAAUAAAAGAAACGCAGCGUCGUUCCAGAAGUCUAAUAUGGAUAAUAGCGAAAUCGACGGUCAACCUCCGGCACCCAAUGAUAAAUCGUACAAUAAAGUACCGUUUAAAAAGUAUAAUAAAAACAACGAUUACAAAGAUCGGGGAAAUCGUCGUUCGUUCCAAAAUACCGCGCCUCAGAAACCGCCCAACCAUAACGAUCACACAAAUGGUAAUGUCGAAAGUAAACAACAAGAUCCCUGGAACUCUGACCUGAAACGUGUCCCAUUCCCACGUAAAUCGACUCCAAAAUAUAACGCAGAAAACGAAGAAACCGAACAAAAUACGUACGAUAGACCCGGUUCGAAGCAAUCGUAUUCGUACCAGAAACCAGACCGAAGAAAUUCCGAUCCUAAAGACACAGCUCCGGUUCCCAACGGCCAAAGCAACGAAUCCGAGAAACGAGUCGCUUUCAAACCAAAUCCCCCCAACGACCAACCCAAGCGCCCGAUCAGAAGUCAAGAACCUAAAAUUACCACGGCGCCGGAAACCGAUCUGAAAUUAAAAGCCGGCGAUGCCAUUCGAGUGAUGGUCGGAUCAAUCCAAAGUGAAAAUACCUUCUACGUUGCCGAUUCUCAAAAGGUUAUCGAAGUAUUGAAAGAUAUCGUUUCCAUUGCCGAUAAUGUUCCUGAAUUGAACCACGCCGAAGUGAACUCUCAAUGCUUGGCGUUUUUCGACGGUGCAUGGUAUCGUGCCAGGAUCAUCAGCACGAAUCCUAUCCAAGUUGAAUAUAUCGAUUACGGUAAUCGGGAAUUUUGUGACAUCGAAAACCUGAAAAAAAUGCCCGACGCGUUGACUAAAUAUUUACCAUUAGCUAGCCGAGUGAAAUUGCACGAAGGUAGUAUAAAUGAGACGAAUAUCAAAGAAAACGAAGAAGUCGAUAUUUACGUUAGACAAUACGACGAUUCGAGUGAUACGUGGAUUAUCGACGCAUUGUAACGAUUUAUCAUAGUUGAUCGAUGUGUUUCGUAAUUUUUUUUUGUUACAUGUGGCAUCAAGUUUUCACGACCGAUGCCAUUUUUAUUUUUUACUUUUUUAUUAUCGUUAGUUCGCACAUUUGUGAUGCUACCGAUUAGUUUUUAGGUUUUUAUUCUUAAUGUUCAGUUUUAUCUUCAUCAACGGUUAUAUCGAGAGAUAUUUCUCUUUUUUUAAUCUUACGACGUUUGUAAUAUAGUUUCCUUUUUUUUCUUUUUUUUCUGGCUCGAAAUUCCUAUUACCGAAACUCUCAUUUUUUUGUAGAGCUUUUGAUUGGAAGUGUUAGGUAUAGGUAUAUAUUUAAAUUACUUAUAUUUUAAAAUUUUAAAUUGAAAAAAAAAAUAUGAAAUUCAAAUCACGUUGAUUCGUUAAUUUUUUUUUCAAUUUUGUAAAAUGUAUUUCGCGUACGGUGUUACGAGAUUCGUUUCGUAAUUUACAUAAUACGUACUUUCGUGUUACUUAUUUUAAAUUAUUUUUAAUCGAGUUUUUAACCUCUUUUUCUCUUUCUUGUUGUUACUCAAUAAAUUUAUUCUUUCAAUGGUGAA